AACCCAUUUAUCGUAGCCCAUUUGCGCCCCAAAUCAUAGCCCAUAUGCGCCCGAUUCAGAUCAGGUGAAAAUCGUGCAACGUUGCCAUUUAUUGAGUAUAUUGGCGUGUAACUAUAAAAUCUAAAAUAAUAUUUGAUCGUUUCCCAAUCUAAUCGAAACCAAUAUCAAAAUCGAUAAAGAUAAUAAUAUUUUGUCGUUAGUCGUGCUAAUCGAAAUUGUAAAAUCCCAAUCGAUAAAGAUUAUAUUAUAUAAAAAUGCAUUUAUCAGUUGUAUUUUAUAUGUGUCAGUUGCAUCAGUACAUGAAUAUUUUUCGUUAUUUUAAAUAUCACGUGAGUAGAACCCUUGUUUCUGGAGAUAUAAGUUGGCGUUGUGUAAAAAAAACCUGUAGUGCGUAUGUCAAAACCAAUAGUUCAAAAACGAAGUUAACCAAAAUUAAAGACAGCCAUACCCAUGAUCCGGAAACUGAAGAAAAUUUAAACUUACUGGACGUUCAAGGUAGGUGUAAAAGAAAAGCGUGUGAAGAUUUAACUUUACGACCUAAUAAAAUAAUACGUACAGAGCUUUCCACGUGCAGCACCGCUAAGAAUUCUGAUGUUCAUAAUAUCAGAAAGUAUACCGAGAACGUCGAAAAAUAUUACCCUCAGUUCCUAAAUCACUCAACGAAGCAAUUGAACAGAUUUCUAAUUUAGUAAUUUUAACAAAUAAAAACGAAGAGUUUACA